AUGCUGGACAUGGCCGAGCGCUACUUAUUGUGGACAGCACUUGUGACCAGAACCUUCGUACGAAGUGCUCUUUGCUACAAGGCUACAAGCGCUCUGCUACCUGACACCUCUCGCCAACCACCAAUCAUACUUCCCAAGGACCCUGGCCCAGCGCUUCCAUCCAUUGCGAAGGUCUUCCCUCGCCUCGGUGAUGGGGUUCGGAAGCCCAGAACGGACCCCGCCAACCUUCCUUCUUCCCCUGACAGGAUCAAAGCUAGACGUCCCCUUCCAUUUGCACUUUCCAAUACACCAACCCCACCUUCUUUUAAUAUACAUCACUUUCUGCCCCUUUCGGCAGAUGGUUGCUAUGGGAUCAAAUCAUUAUCCCUUUGGUUUGUCGACCGGUUAGGCUGCUGCACCUCGCGGCGUGGUUAUGUCGCAAUCGAGCCGUCAACCUCCAAUGGAUGCAAGGUUCUGAACGAUCUGCUCAGCGACAUUUACCCAGGUCAAGGGGUUCCAAUAAGCCCCAAGGAGGUUGUGGGCGCCUAUUCAAAGGUCUUUUGCAUUCUGAUAUGCAUUGGAAAGAUUGACUUCCUUCCGCUGUUUAUGAGCUGCGAUGAUCUCAAUGAUGCCCACCUCCCGUUCAAACUCCAUGAGCCUCCCACCGAAUUCCCCGUUGACCCAACUUCCCCAACGUUUUUCAAGGACUUUUGUGACAAGCAGUGGCGUUUCUGCCCGCCUGAUAUCGACGCCAACUGUAAUCGACGACUCGACCAGCGCUACAUAUUGCCAUUCACAUCAAAGACCGAGAAAUUUAAAGGUGCAAGCUCAACGAUAUCUACGAUUGAAAUAUAUCCACGACACCAUUUCCUACCCUCCUUAAAGCAUGAAACCAACAGAUCCACGACUAUCUUCGCCCUCAAGACGUAUCGAGGAACGGACGCCGAGAAAUCAUGGAACAACGAAGUGCGCGCCUUCCAGAAGUUCCGCGACCCAUCUGAGGAGUCUCCUAAUGUCGUUGGCUUCUACACAGCCUUCAAGCAUGGGAACAUCUGCCAUGCGAUCCUCGAAUAUGCAGAUAGAGGCUCGCUGGAACAAUACCUCGAAGCGAACAAACCGCCAGUAGACGGAGUAGAUGUUGCAAGAUUUUGGAAAAGAGCUUUGGGUUUGAUUAGGGGUUUGAAGGAUUUACACAAUGGGGAUCGUAUAGUAUGCCAUCAAGACAUCAAGCCUGCAAACGUUCUUGUAUUGAGUGAUCCAAGUAUUAACUCGCCGUAUGCUUCCACAUUCAAGAUCGCAGACCUUGGUACAAGUCACUCCAAACGCAUCACCUCUUCCGAUGAUGAUCGCUCUAGCAGAGACGCCCAAGGCACCCGUACAUAUGGAGCCCCAGAAUGCUAUCGAUCCGAUGGAUCGCUUGGUGAGGGGUGCAUCAGAGUGACGCCAACUGUUGAUGUUUUUUCCCUUGGGUGUGUUCUCAGCGAAGUUACCGUUUGGAUUGCUGGUGGAUACGAAUAUCUGACCGGGUAUCGCAAAGCUCGUCGGAAAGCCAUCGAACAAAUCCCGGACGGGGACUGCUUCCAUAAUGGCACAAGUCGGCUGCCAAUAGUUGAGGAGUGGCACAGAAAGGUUGAAGCCAAAAUUGACUCCACCCAAGAUGCAUUUACUCCCAAGUUUAUCCCAAUGAUUGAGGAAAUGCUCCAUGACCAACAACAUCGGGGGGAUGCCAUGAGUUUCUGCACGAAGGCUCAUAAAAUAUUUGUUGAAGCACUGGACGAAUUUCUAGAACGAUCGCAAGAUCUGGUUAUUCCCGAAGACAUAUUAUCAUGCUCGCUGCGGAGACAGAGAGGGAGGAUAGAUCCACCUGUGCCGCCCGUCGAAAUUGACCAACUGGCGACGACUCCACUAGCUGUCCACUCUACCUCAGCUUCAAAAACCACCGCGUUGGAAUCCAGCCUGCCGUUUGGUAGACACAACCUCGUCACCAGUGCACCGAUUGAAAGUUCAACUCGCUUCUUCGAUAAUGAAGAUAUGGGAGCCCGCCGCCACAGUGCGCAGCCUCAAGGCUACCAGAAUAGACCCAAGCUGAGUAAGACAGGCCAUCAAAUAUCACUCGUAACCAAUUCACCAAGUACCGCUCCAAUUGCGAGUCCAGCCGUUGAACCUUCGACUUGUCUUCCACUAGAAUUCCCAGAUAUUACUAAGUCUACGUAUCCUCCUACGAACCACGUAAUCAAUCGUUCAGUCGUCCGCUACAUGUCAAGAAAAGAGGCGAUUUCAUGGCGAGAAACGAAGAAAAGCUCGUGGAUUACAAACUCUACUCUUCGAGACCAGUCGGUCUUGAAUUUCUUAGAUAAUAGAGAUAGCGUAAUCAUCAUUGACGAUUCAGAAUCCAUGCGGAAGCAUUGGAAGGAUAUGGCAGAACUCCUCGGCAUCAUUGCAUACAUGAUCAAACCCCAUGAUAAAGAUGGCCUCGACCUCUACUUCACCUCAUCAGCAUCCAGAUACCAUGAAUACAACUCGACUAAACUUGUCAGCAUCGUUGAGAAGAGAACGUCCUGCGAAGACAUGGGUUAUACGGACAUGAGUGUUCGGCUAGAACAAGUGUUGGAAGAUUAUGCGUGUAAAAUACAGCGCAAGCCCAUGGGAGGCAGAACUCGCGGGCUGAAUGUUUAUAUCUUCACGGAUGCCAUUUGGACCCCACUUUGCAACAUCGUACCGGCGAUCCACACCAUGGUUAAGACAUUGGUUGCCAACGACCUCCCAGAGAAACAAGUUGGCCUUCAGUUUAUUAGUUUUGGGGACGAUGCUCAAAGCCUUGAAAGAUUGAGGCUUGUGGAUAGUUUUCUGGUGUCAAAACCCGACUUUCCCUACGACAUUGUAGAUACAACUCCCUCUACCGGCAACCUAUACAAGAUGAUUCGUGGAGCGAUCGACCGAAACUUUGAUUAUGAUUCCGAGGAUCAAUCAAGUUCCGUCGCCAAUUGCUCUUUUGUGCCUCCCUGA